AUGGAAGGUGCUGAGGUGGAGGCCUACGGGGACGAGGAGGUGGCGGGGUUGUUUUGGUUGCCUGCGGAGCUGUGGGCCAUGGUGUGCGGGUACCUGGACACGGGCGACCUGGCCCGGCUGAGCACCACGUGCUGGACCCUGCGCUCGCUCGCCCUCUCCAGAAAGAGCAUGCGGCAGGCGUUGACGUUCGCCUCGAGCUGGCCGGCCCUCGUGUCGCUCGACCUCUCCGCCUGGGACUCCUUUUCUGAUUCGCUCGUGAAGCACUUGCCAGAGACGCUGGAGAGUUUGACUCUGAGCUAUACGGCCAUCACCAAUCGCGGUACCUCGUAUCUGUCUCGCCUCACAGCCCUGCGCGAGCUCAACCUUGCCUCCACUACCAGAUUGGGCGUGGAACACCUCCAGUGGAUACCGUCGAGCGUGGAAGUGCUAGACCUCUCCUCCGUCUCGGGUCCAGAGAGGCAACUCCGAAUGCCAACAACGCUGACGAGUCUGGACCUUUCCAAUUCCUAUCUGUACGCGUUCAACGUGGACUUUGACGUGUGUUUGCCGCGCCUGGAGACUCUCCGCGCCAAUCGCUCAGAGGUCAUCCGGGGGAGCGCCGAGCAUCCUCCGCUGAUGUGGAGCCUCCCAUCGGGGCUCAAGUCGCUUUCAUUCGCGCAUGCCACCAUCUCGAAGGAGUGGGACCUCCUCGCGUUCCUGCCCGCCUCCAUCACCUCGCUCGACUUCUCUUUCACGCGCCUGUCUUACGAGCAGGCGCUGUCUGUCCGGACCCCUGCCAGCCUGUGGUUCGAGACCCUUCCCAAGCGAUUGCCGCAUCUCCGCCUGAUCAAUCUCGCCACGUCCUACGCCAGUAACGAACCGCAAUGUCUCAAGGUUGCCUCCGGUCACAAAAAGAGCCCAGAAAAGCUACGCCAGUCGUCAAUCGUCAUGCAAGAGCACAGCGUGCAGGUCGUCUGCCCGGCGGCCUAUUUCUACUGGCAAGGCACGGUCCCGUGGGUCUUACCGCAAGGCCGAUUCGAUACGGAGGCGCGGUCGCGGGAGGACCAACCCGUGUGGCAGGCCCUCAUCCGGCGGUGUGCCGAACAGCGCGAGCUGCUCAGCUGGCAGCCCCUUGACCCGCCACACAGCUCCGACGAAGCUCUCGAAAAGGAAGAAGAAGACGACGACGACGAAGGUGGCGGUGACGAUGCGCAAGGCAGCCUCCUCUCUGUGGGCCUCUGA